GCAUCUCACUCCAGUACCGUGACAGUGAACUGUCAGCAUUUGGCCUGGGUCAAAUAUUGCCUGUUGAAACUGGCCUCCCCCCUCCCCCCCCCCCCCCUAUGCAGCUAUGCUACCAUUCGCGCUGAAAGUUGUGUGGUUUGCACUGUCGUUCUCUGGUAUCUUUGCAUGCUGGAUUGUCCUGACAGUGUUCGCUCGCGCGAUCCAGAGCUAUUGGGGUCCAAUGUUAUACUGCAUCUUUGCAACGAUACUCCAGGGAAUUUUUUGCCUGGGCAUGAUAUAUAAUAUGAAUCCGUAUGAUAUGCCACCGGCUUUUUGCAAAGCUCAGACGUUCAUCAUAUACUAUUCUGCUCUCUCUGUGACUGGAGUAUGUGCCGCCUUCACGAUGGCGACGACACGCGCUGUGGUGUGGCCGUCUUCUGUUAUAAUGACUGCUUCUUCGACGUUGGUAUGGCGAAACCAAUAUCUCUUGCCCAUCGUCGUGUUUCCGCUCGGUGCACUUGGUGUUGCCAUUCCCGUCCUACUAUCCCUUCACGCCAUCCAACCCACAGAUGAUCUCCACUGCGACGCUACUCAUCCCAUAUGGGGACGAUUCUUAGGCUAUGCGGGCAUAUCCAUGAUCCUCACGAUUCCAUGUUUCUUCCUGUCUGCAGCAGCAGCCCACUACGUAUUCAAAGUGCACACGGUGCACCGAGAGCUUUUCAAGCUCACAGCUCCACCUUCGCAUUAUCUGUCAGCAGCUGAAAUUAGGGAGGUCAACAUCACUGAACCUUCCGAGCCAAAAAAUGUGCCUUUGCCGGCUAAACCCGACUCGGAUAUGGGUCUCAAGUCCGCGGACUUCAGGAAUAGAAACCAUUUGAUGGACGACCACUUGGCAAGGAGAGAUAUGAUGCCUCGUGUUGAUGAGAUGGAUAAUGCCGCGGCUAUGUCAAAUCAGGUUUAUUCCCCGCGGGCUGAAAGUUCUCCCUCUUCCUUAUCCACACCGACUCGGACUUGGCCAAAGCGCUUGUCGGAGACAUCGCAAUGGGACGAAUCUCAGAUACGCGACCAGCGAGCGUGCAUUGCCGUGCCCGAUGAAGAAUGUACGAUGACGCUUCCGUUAUCAAGUGAGUCGUUACCUGGCCUGGUACCCUGGUAGUCUUGCACCUGCGAUAUGGAGGCUCAUUCUUUUCCAAAUG